UCUAUCCUCCAAUAUUUUGAUUGGAGAAAUUGAAAUGCUUUGAAGGUCAGUAACGCAGUAUAGACAAUAUUCCAAGGAUGUAGUUGCAAAUAUUCAUUUUACCAAAUUCUAAGCCCUUUUACCGAUUUUGGUUCGCUCGCCGUCGUACAAAAUCAACCUUUCCACCUCCGUCGUCCGCCGUUUUCCGCCACUACCCUCGCCGCUCGUUCGCCGGCGUAUAAUUUUAUGUCACUAGCCUGGUUAGGAGAGUGAUAACUGAUAAGUUUCUGGUGAACAGCUGAGCUAUAAAUAUCCAAUCUGAUGACGAUUUUGAUUGAAAUGUAAAAUUUUAAUUUUUGUCCCUUUUUCUACUAGAGGUUAAGAUGGCAGCGGCUCUGUUUUGAGUUUCAAAAUGACAAGUCUAAUGUCAAAGUCAAUGAGAAUCUCGCGGCUUUUCUAUCUUGCACUCCAUCAUAGUUGAUGAAGAAUCUGGAACUGACUAUUUAAAAGAAGGUUGCAACUGAUUCAGAAAGAAAGCAUUUUGUUUGUCAACUUCUGAUCAAAUCAUCUCCGUGCUGGUUUGAAUUCCAUGUUUCAGAUGGAGGCAAUUUGUCUUAACAGUGGCCCAGUGUUUGAUGACUGUGAAGAAUAUGAGGAUGGAGAAGACUGUUCUGUGGUGGAACAUGAUAAUGAAAUUCAUGAAAAAGAUUCAAAGAAAGAGUCCCCACAACCCACAAUCGGCCUGGAAUUUGGGUCGUUCGAUGAAGCAUAUGAUUUUUAUAACAUGUAUGGAAAGGAACAAGGAUUUGGUAUUAGAGUGAGCAACUCCUGGUUUAGAUCAAAAAGGAAAGAAAGGUAUAGAGCAAAACUUAGCUGCAGUAACGCAGGUUUCAAGAAGAAAAGUGGAGCAAAUCACCCUAGGCCAGAAACAAGAACUGGUUGUCCUGCAAUGCUAGUAAUUAAGCUUGUGGACUCAAAAAGAUGGAGAAUUGUUGAAGUUGAGCUUCAGCAUAAUCAUACUGUAAGCCCAGAAAUCAGACGGUUCUAUAAGUCGCACAAGAAAAUGAUUCUUGCUUCCAAAAAGCAGCAGGAAUUGACACCUGUUACAGAAGUACAUACCAUUAAGUUAUACCGCACAGGUAUUGAUGCUGCUUAUAAUGGAUCCCAAGAAGUCGAGGAAACAGAAAGUAGGCUUCCUGUUGAUACCUCAAAGCAUUUGGAACUUAAAGAGGGUGAUGCCCAUGCACUGUAUAAUUAUUUUUGUCGUAUGAAGUUGACAAAUCCAAACUUCUUUUAUCUGAUGGAUCUUGAUGACGAAGGAUGCCUGAGAAAUGUGUUCUGGGCUGAUGCUAGGUCAAGGGCUGCUUUCAACUCCUUCUCUGAUGCAGUUGCAAUUGAUACAACAAGCUUGAGAAACAAAUAUGAAAUUCCUAUAAUUUCUUUUGGCGGAUUAAACAAUCAUGGGCAACCUGUUUUGCUGGGAUGUGGUUUUCUUGGACAUGAUUCAGUAGAUUGCUUUACUUGGAUGUUGAAAUCAUGGCAAACAUGUAUGCUGGGGAGACAUCCACAAGUUAUUCUAACUGAUCAGUCAAAACCAUUGCAAAUUGCAAUUUCUAAGGUUUUCCCUCAAGUUUGCCAUUGUUAUUGUUUGUCAUACAUUGUGCAGCGAGUUCCUGAGAAGUUGGGAGGAUUGAAGGGGUAUGAGUCUAUCAAGAUGCAACUGUAUAAUGCAGUUUAUAAUUCUUUGAAGAUCACCGAGUUUGAAAGUUCUUGGGGUCAGAUGAUAAGUCAGCAUGGACUCAAGGACAAUAAAUGGCUUCUAUCAUUGUACGAAGAUCGUGAAAAAUGGGUACCAGUCUACUUAAAAGAUAUUUCCUUCAUGGGAAUCAUGCCAAUAAAAGAAAAUGAGAGUUUGGAUUCAUUUUUUGAUGGUUAUGUACAUAAACACACUUCAUUCAAAGAAUUUGUUGAUAAGUAUGACCUAGCCCUGCAAAGGAAGUACCAGAAAGAAGCAAUGGCUGAUAUGGAGUCGAGAAGUUCAAGCUUUGAACUGAAAACAAAAUGCAAAUUUGAGCGGCAACUCUCACGGAUAUUCACAAAGGAAAUAUUCAAGAAGUUCCAAAAAGAAGUUGAGGAAAUGUACUCUUGCUUUAACACAAGACAAGUACACAUUAAUGGGCCAAUAAUGACCUUUGUUGUCAAAGAAAGAGUAGAAUCCGAGGGAAGUGAGAAGGAGAUCAGGCAGUUUGAGGUUCUCUAUGAGACAACACAAGUAGAAGUACGCUGUAUUUGUAGUUUGUUUAGUUUUAAAGGCUACUUAUGCAGACAUGCGUUGAAUGUAUUGAAUUAUAAUGGUGUGGAAGAUAUCCCAUCACAAUACAUCCUACCGCGUUGGUACAAAGAUUACAAACGUAAGAUUCCAGUAGAUUCUGUCAUUAGUCAUGUCGAUGUGAAUAAUCCUAUGGAAUUGUAUAAUCAUCUACAUAAACAUGUCAUGCGAGUUGUUGAAGAAGGGGCACAAUCUGAAGAGCAUUACAUGGCUGUCCUCCAAGAAUUAGAAGCUUUAUUGAACAGAUUUUCCCUUGUAGAUAACAAUUUGGUUUCACUGUAAUAUUUGACAUGGAACAUUCAAUGCAGAAUUAUGAAGCAUCUUUGUACAGAAUAUAUAUCACAUGCCUUGAUCAUGGGCUUUGCCCCUUUAUACAUGUGAUAUUUGCUAUACAGGCAGUGGAAGUCUAGAGUCUUUACAGGACAUUUUUGUUCAAGUUUCCUCUAUAUACAAGGAUGAAUAAUUCAUCAUUCAAUGA